AUGGUUUUCUCCUCCGACAGACCGCAUAUCGACAUCCCGACCAAUAUCCCCAUCUGGGAUUGGCUCUUCGACUCGGAGUAUUCGCCCUUGCGGACCAACAGGCCCGAAGAACUCGGCUCCUUUGUAAAUGCCAUCACAAAAGAACAGAUCCGGUACGACGCCCUUAAGGAUCUGACGACGUACGUCUCGACUUCUUUGGUUGUCAAUUAUGGGUUGAAACCCGGCGAUACGGUGGCGCUGUUCAGCCCGAAUACGAUAUGGUAUCCGGUCGCAAUGCUUGCGACUGUUCGCGCUGGUGGUGUGAUAUCCGGAGCAUCUCCGGCAUAUAACGUUGAGGAGAUGACCUAUGCCCUCAAGACCGGCAACGCAAAGUUCCUAAUGACUGUUCCCUCGUCAAUGGAUGUUGCAAUUCCCGCGGCGAAGAAUGCGGGCAUUCCCCCGGAGCGUAUCUUUCUUCUCGAGGGUUCAAAAGGAGAGUAUGUUUCCGUACAACAACUCGUGCAGAAGGGCAAGCGAUAUGGCCCUGGCGGUCAGGCCGUUCCGUACAAGCUUCCAGAGGGCAAGACAAACAGGGACGUUUGUGGCUUCCUAAGUUUUAGUUCGGGUACGACCGGGCUUCCGAAGGCUGUGAUGAUCGCUCAUCAUAAUGUGAUUGCACAAUGCAUGCAAAUCAUCCAGCUCACCCACGACGAUACCAAAAAGUCACUUGCCGUUCUCCCACUUUUCCACAUCACCGGGCUCGUCCAUCAGAUGCACCUCCCUGUUAUCCGCAACAGCUCGGUGUACAUGCUCCCAUCAUUCACUAUGGAGUCUAUGCUCAGCACCAUCGUCGAAUACCAAAUUAGCGAGAUUCUCUCCGUGCCGCCAAUUAUCAUCCGUCUCCUGCAAGACCCGACUGUAUCCAAGUACGACCUUUCGCACGUAAAGCGCUUCUCCUCCGGGGCAGCCCCCAUAUCGGGCGAAAUCCUACAGAAACUGCAAGACCGCUUCCCAUGGACGGGAUUCAAGCAGGGGUACGGCAUGACAGAGUCAUGCAGCUGUAUCACCGCACACCCGCCAGAGAAGCAGUCAUACAAGUACGCGCAGCGCGGAGGGAUGAUUGUCGCCAACACAGAAGUGAAGGUCAUCCAUACCGAGACCGGAAAGGAGGUUGGUUACGAGGAAGAGGGCGAGAUUCUGGCACGCGGCCCGCAGAUUGUCAUGGGGUAUCUAAACAACGAAAAAGCCACAAAAGAGACAUUUGACGAGGAGGGCUGGCUGCAUACCGGAGACGUCGGGUAUGUGGAUCGAGAGGGAUUCAUUGUCAUCACCGAUAGAAUCAAAGAGAUGAUCAAGGUCAAGGGCAUCGCGGUGUCUCCGGCGGAAAUUGAAGAUCUCCUGCUCGGGCACCCGGCAGUCGAGGAUGUCGGAGUGACCUCUGUGCCAGAUGACUAUGCAGGCGAGAAGCCAAAGGCUUAUCUCGUGCUGAAGCCUGCAGCUCGAGGGCAGUUGAACACGGGCGAGGGCGUGGUGGCGGUGGGCCGCGAGCUCAUUGAGUACGUCAAGGCGAAAAAGGUGCGGCACAAAUGGGUAGUCGAGGUUGAGUUCCUGGAGGAAGUGCCCAAGAGCGCAAGUGGAAAGAUCCUGCGACGCGUGCUGAGAGACCGCGAGAAGAACAGGCGCGAGGGCGAGAAGCGGCUGGUGGUGCGCGACGAGAAGGAAAGAGCGAAGCUGUAG